GGAAGAUGACGUAUCUCUGAGCGUCCGACACAGAGUUGACUGGGGAAAGCAUGUGGGGCUGCGGCGCGCUCUGGGGGGCGCGAGCCCCGGCUCAGCUGCUGCGGUGGCUGCUCCCCGCUUCCCGCCGCCGCCGGCCUGCUGCCGCCUCCUUCUCUGCAUCUGCUGAGCCCUCCCGGGUUCAGGCGCUGGUCUAUGGGCACCACGGGGACCCAGCCAAGGUCGUCGAACUGAAGAACCUGGAGCUGGCUGCUGUGGGCGGAUCGGAUGUCCAUGUGAAGAUGCUGGCGGCCCCUAUCAAUCCAUCUGACAUCAAUAUGAUCCAAGGAAAUUACGGCCUCCUUCCCCAGCUGCCGGCUGUUGGAGGGAACGAAGGUGUUGGACAGGUGGUGGCAGUGGGCAGCCAUGUGACCGGGGUGAAGCCCAGAGACUGGGUGAUUCCAGCAAAUGCCGGUUUGGGAACCUGGCAGACGGAGGCGGUGUUCAGCGAGGAUGUGCUCAUCAGGGUACCAAGGGACAUCCCUCUUCAGAGCGCGGCCACCCUCGGUGUCAAUCCCUGCACAGCCUACAGGAUGCUGAUGGACUUUGAGCAGCUGCGACCAGGGGAUUCUGUUAUCCAGAAUGCAUCCAACAGUGGAGUGGGGCAAGCAGUCAUCCAGAUCGCCGCAGCCCUGGGUCUGAGGACCAUCAACGUGGUCCGAGACAGACCUGACAUCCAGAAGCUGAUGGACAGACUGAAGAAUCUGGGGGCCGAUCACGUUGUCACAGAAGAAGAACUAAGAAAGCCUGAGAUGAAGAACUUCUUUAAGAACGUACCCCAGCCGCGGCUUGCUCUCAACUGUGUUGGCGGGAAAAGCUCCACAGAGCUGCUGCGGCACUUGGCGCCUGGAGGAACCAUGGUGACCUACGGGGGGAUGGCCAAGCAGCCCGUCGUCGCCUCUGUGAGCCUGCUCAUUUUUAAAGAUCUCAAACUUCGGGGCUUUUGGAUGUCCCAGUGGAAGAAGGACCACAAUCCAGACCAGUUCAAGGAGCUGAUCUUCACACUGUGCGACCUCAUCCGCCGAGGCCAGCUCUUGGCCCCCGCCUGCUGCGAGGUCCCCCUGCAGGACUACCAGCGUGCCCUGGAGGCCUCCAUGCAGCCCUUCGUGUCUUCAAAGCAGAUUCUCACCAUGUGGUGAGCCCAGAGGAGCCAGAGCUAAGUGGGAGGGGAGGCAGAUCAGCAGGACCGGUUUCAGGCCCUCCCUUUGGGGCCCCCCGCCCUUUCGCAGGCUGUUCCUCUCCCUCCUGUCACUUCUGACUCAGAGAAUCAGGAGGGCAGCCAAGGCUUUCCCAGGGCCAGCCUCAGGGUGUCUAAUAAAGUCCAAAUUUCCUAAAAACAAGCAAACACAAACCAGCAGAAGUCAUCCCUAUCAAGAAGGCCAUCUCCCAGCACUAAGAAGCCGCCUCGCCUGCCCUCACCUCUCAUCCAGCUGUCAUUCUGACCUCCCUGAAAGCAACGCCUGGGCAGGGCUGGCAGGUACAAAAGCCAGUCAGAGACUUUUGCCUCUCUGCCCUCAAGCCCUCCGAGCCCACAGAGCGGGAUCUUCUGAAAAGGAAGGUCCGACUCAUUCUCAGGUGGUCUGCAGCUCAGGACGGGGAAGGGGAAGAUCAGCUCCACAGACGAGCAGUGCCAGGCUGAGAAACCACAGAAACGGCCUCUCCUGUGGCCACACCAUCCUCAUGGAACGUCUGUUCUGACAGAGGAGGUAGAAGUUAUACCGGUGGUUCUCAGCCUGAGGUCUUUUGCCCCCGGGGGACUCUCUGGCUGCCGUAAUUGAGGGCGUGCUGCCGCUGUCUAGUGAGGAGAGGUCGGCGCUGCCGCCGAGCGCCUUUGUGCAGAGCGCAGCCUCCCUCCCGCCGCAGCGCCGCUGUUGAGAAGCCCCGCGUUGAAGCCCUGGUCACUGGUCCCGCGGUAAUUACCGUAGCGGUUAGCGCGCUAAAGACGCGUGCGGUGCCUUGAGCUCAUGACUAAGGCUCUGUCCUAGGCCUUCCUGAGUGAAGCUUGAAGCUGAGCCCUAAAAAAUGAGUAGCUUUAUUCAAA